GAGUAUCAAAACAAAUCCCUCACCUCUACUACCAAGUUGGAGUGAGCCAGGUGGCAAGGGUGUGAGGAGAGAGAAAAGUAAGUCAACUAGUUAAGAGAUUGCUAUCAACUCAACUUGUUUAGCCAGUUUCAUGUAUCUAUUGAAAGCUCAUGUCUCAGAAUAGCUGCGAUUCAACCAAUAAUUGUCUUGACAUUUGACAUUGUGCUGGGAGACUCCCAGCACCAAAAGACAAUUCUUGUCAACGAGCAACCUGGCUACUAGUGUGUUCGCAACAGGUUCGCAUCUGCCGGACUGAUAUAACGUUACCCGUUCCCACACCGCAGAUCGAUUGACUGAGGUUUGGUUGAAGAAAAUUAUUAGGUCCCUGGUGAAAGGUACGGAUAAACACGACAGGUGGAUGGAUUUCUCAGUGAAGCACCUACUCCUUACUCCAGUGUGAUAUGACAUCACUGAGUGGUUACCACAGAAACCAGGGCUCCACUGCAGACGGUUGACAGCCAGUCAAGUGUUUUUCCACAGGGAUGGCUGCACAAGUGGAGGUGCAGACUGGGAAGGUGGAAAGGAUUGGUGUUGGGGGACGACUGCACCUCAGCCCUCUGUCUGACUCCAGAAACAAGAGCCUCACGGAGGGUCCCUCCAACACCCAGGCCUCCCUCAUCAUCACUCCAGAGCCUAGUAAGCCUGUCCCUACACCCAAACCACGGCUCACUCCCAAACCUUUCGCUGUGGAGAGAAACCCCACCAUCCGGCCCAUACUUGCGCCUAAGCCUAAUACCAACCCCCGACCAGUGCCCUCUCGCCCUAUUUCUUACAAACCUGACUCACCCAGCACCCCAAAACUUCAGCAGCCGAAUGUCACCAUCAAACACAGGCCAGGGCCGCCCAACCCCAGCUGUCCUGCUCCUAACUCCUACAAACCCUCUCAUAAGUUGAGCAUGGGACAAACCACGAAGCCUGUAGCCCAGCCCUUCAAACCCGCCCCUCUACUAACCCCUGGGGACCCCAGCAAACCAACUCCCUCCCAACCGGUGCGACGUCAGAAGCCAGCUGCGGCAGGCUUGUUCCACUCACAGGGCCCUAAGAAACAACCUUCAGCAGAAUGGUCCGGAUCCACCAAACCGGAGAAGGAAAGGAACAAAACAGCAUCCAGUAUCAGAGCUGGGGCAGCCUCUAUGACCAGAGCCAAGUCUAUGGGCUUCCUCAGUCAGAUAGGGCAAAAUGAGGAGGAAAGGAAGGGGGAUGAAGGGCCCAAGGUCACAGUUCAACUCCGAUCCCAGUCUAGAGCCUCCAGACCCAGACCUGUGUCGGCCAUCUUCCUGCCCUCUCCCACGCAGGCUGAGUCGCCCACCCCAGCUGCUCGCUGGGCAGUGAGACGUCCCCUCUCAGCCGACCUCACCUCCAAGUUUGAGUCCAUUGGCCUGUCGCUGCACCACGGCCGACCUGCCAAGACCGACAGCAAGGAAAACACUCCAGUGGAACUGCUACGGAGGACAGAGAAGAAGGGAGCAGAGGGGACCAAUGUUACACCACCGGCCCCAGACAGCAAGCCUUCAGCCCUCGUGGGAGGGAGAGAGAAGAAAACAGAGGAAGAAGAGGAGAAGGAUGAUGAGGGAAAGGGUGGAGGCAGCAUUAAGAGACGGAUCAGUCUCUUGCUUGAUUCCUCCUCUUCUUCCUCUCCUGUGGUUCCUCUCCGUGUUGCUGCCCAAAGACCAGGGUCUAACUCUCCAGUACAGCCCAUCCAAGAGGCAGAUGUAACAUUGGAUGGUGUUAAACAGCGAACCAAGAAGCUUACUGAAGAUGCUGUUACACCACCAGCCCAGACCCCUGCUGUUAAACCACAGUUCAAGUCCCACCCUCUGCCCCCUGACCUGACCAAAAGGCUUGGCUCUGAGAGGUCCACAGACCUCGGCAGUCCCUCCCCCAAUAAGGCGACAGACCGCCAUGAGAGUGACAUUGAUCCUCAAAGGAGGGUGGAGGACUCCGUUUACACCUUCAGUGACCAAAAAAAGGUGGAUGACGACAUCCAAGGCAUACAAGAGCAGCCCCCCCAGACCACCUCUGACCCUUCAGCAGUACUGACUGAGGCAGGGCGAUGGAUGGAGAGCUGCCCCAGCAGUGGGGCACAGACGGUGCGAGCAGCUCUGUUUGAGAAUGUGGUGGAGAGACACAGCGUGCUGGUGAUGGAGGAGGAUAGGGCACAGAGUGCCACAAAGGGCUGUCCCAAGAGAAGUGUGUCCCUCAAACUUGGGGAUGGGGAGAACGACGGGUGCCUGGUCACCGCCACCUACCGCAAGCCUGUGUCUCCCUCCAGUCCACUUCUUGUAGAGCACUUGUUUGACACUGUGCAGGCAGUGGGAGAGAGGAGAGCCGUUAGUGAGAGUGUCCCUUUGGCUCAGCUCGAGGACAAAGCCAUGACCCUCCGUUCCAGGCGUUCUGAGGGGAAUCGGUCAGCCAGGGCUGAGCAAGUGGAGGAGAGGCAUGCUCAGGUCCAAGGAGUCCUCAGUUUGGCUCAAAGGAGAGCACCAGACUCCCAACAGGAACAGGGACCACACUACCUGAGGGUUGGAGUUCUGCAGAAGUGGAAUACCACUGAGAUGAAUAGGGAGGCAGAGGUAGAGAAAGGAAGGCAAAGGGAAAAGGAGAGGGAGAGAAGAGAGGAUGAGAAAGAGAAACAGAGGGAAGCGGAGAGGAGGAUGCAAAUGGAUGUAGACAGGGAGAAGCCGAGAGAACAGGAGAGGGAGAGAGAGGAAGUGGCAGCACCGAAGCGGUUGAAAAUGCUGGAGGCAGAUGAGCAGCCACCCAAGCCCAGGGCCACCUACUUUGCUCUGACUGGUCAGAUCCAGGAAGCUGUAUCCGUUGGGGACGAGGAAACCGAGAGAGGGAACGUGAAAGUUCCCUUUGACAAUUUCUCUAUGAAGUCUGGACAAUGGGGCUCUCAAGGGAAGGUCUUACAAGUACGAAGGAACCCCUCUCUAGAUGAAGCUUUUGGAAAAAGCUCCCAAGGUCAACAACAAGAAGAACUGAUGGAGCGGAAUCAAACACAGGAAAGGGAGAGAGGAACGGCAUGGGACAGACAGACAUGGAGGGAGGAGCUGGGAAUAGAAAAACAGAAACAAGUAGACCUUGAGAAAGUAAAAGAGUUGGAGAGGGAGAAAGAACGGCAGUUUGAGAGCAAGGAGUUUGAGAGGGAGAAAUGGACACAGCUGGACAUGGAGAGACAGAAACCGUUAGAAUAUGCAAGAAAGAGAGAGAAGGAAAAGCUAAAAGAAUUAGAAAGAGAGCGACACAAUGAGUUGGAGAACGAGAGACUGAGUGAGAGACAAAGAGAGCUGGAAAGACAGCGAUGGCACGAGCUGCAGAGGGAGAGACAGAUUGAGUUGGAGAGACAGAAAGAGUUUGAAAAGGAGAGGCAGAGACAGUUAGACUUAGAGAGACAGAAAGAGUUUGAAAAGGAGAGACAGUUAGACUUAGAGAGACAGAAAGAGUUUGAAAAGGAGAGGCAGAGACAGUUAGACUUAGAGAGACAGAAAGAGUUUGAAAAGGAGAGACAGUUAGACUUAGAGAGACAGAAAGAGUUUGAAAAGGAGAGACAGUUAGACUUAGAGAGACAGAAAGAGUUUGAAAAGGAGAGACAGUUAGACUUAGAGAGACAGAAAGAGUUUGAAAAGGAGAGGCAGAGACAGUUAGACUUAGAGAGACAGAAAGAGUUUGAAAAGGAGAGGCAGAGACAGUUAGACUUAGAGAGACAGAAGAAGUUGGAGAGAAUUAAGGAGAUGGAGAGAAAGCAAAUGUUUGAGUUUGAAAAACAGAAGCAGAAUGAGAGAGAGAGGCAACAGCUUCUGGAGCUUGAAACGCAGAGACGAAGAGAGAAAAUGGAGAGAGAGGAGCAGGAGAAGAUGAGACAGCAAGCCAUACAACAGGAGGAAGACAGACAGAGAGAGUUGGAAAGGGAAAGAGUGCAAGAGUUGGAGAGAGAGAGGCAACGCGUUCUGGAAAGACAAAAACAGAGAGAGUUGGAGAGAGAGAGGCAACGCGAUCUGGAAAGACAAAAACAGAGAGAGUUGGAGAGAGAGAGGCAACGCGAUCUGGAAAGACAAAAACAGAGUGAGUUGGAGAGGCAGAGACAGAAACAGUUGGACUUUGAGAGACAGGAAUUGGAAAACCAGAGGGAUAGAAAAAGGGAGUUAGAGACAGAGAGACAGAGGGUAGAAGAACUGGAGAGAAUAAAGGAGAUGGAGAGAAGACAACUGUUUGAGUUUGAAAAACAGAAGCAGAAUGAGAGAGAGAGACAACUGCUUCAUGAGCUUGGAAAGCAGAGACUAAGGGAAAAGAUGGAGAGAGAGGAGCAGGAGAAGAUGAGACGGGUAGCCAUACAAGAGGAGGCAGAGAGACAGAGAAUCAUGGAGAGGCAGAGGAGAGAGAACCAGGAGAGGGGGGUGCUGGACUCUUCACCUCUCAGACCUAAAAUGCUGGAUCUAGACUCUGGGUGCUGGUCUUUGGGUGACCUGCACUCCAGCGGCAGUCCCCACUCCCCUAGUGUCCGAUGGAAGCAGCCCUCUCCCUGGGCAGAUGACCACUACAGACCUGGUAUUCUGGACAUAGACUCAUUCAGGUCCCAGACUGAGAUACAACCCUUGCCCACGAGAGAGGUGUUCCCAGUUACUGGCAUCCAGGGCUCAGACCCAGGUAAUGGGGUGAGAUCCCACCCCCACUCUCCAGAAAGGGAAGGUGGCUAUAGGAUGGCUCCCGAGGGCGCAGUGGGGCGACCCAGUACUGUGUGGGCCCCCUCUCAGCAGGAGCUGUGGGAGCAGAGGCUAAGCAUCGACGAGGAAUCAGUGGAUAGGCCCAUGGCAGGACCAGAGCCACCCAAGAAGCCUGCCAAUAAACCCAGCCUGGAGCUGCUCCUCCACGGGCUGGAGGACAGGGCCACGGCCCCCAUCCUGGUCCCAGAGAGACGCUGGUCUGGUAUGCCCAGUGAGCCAUCCUUCCCCAGGAGAGAGCCCCACAGCCCUGGGUCCCCCAUGGAGCAGACCUGGUUCCCCCAGGAAUCAGAGCCCAAGGGGCACAGGGUAGAGGCCAGAGGACAGAGGAGAUCUCAGGGCUCCCAGGAGCUGAACCGGAUGAGGUCUCGCAGCGUGUCCCGUAGAUCAGCCCCGUCUGACAGUGCUGUGGAGGGGAGCCUGUCCAGGAUGAGGAGCAGGAGUACACAUAGAGAGAGAGGUGGACCGAGCUGGGAGCAGUUGAAGCAGAAUGUGGACGGUGAGGAGGGGAGGGACAUGGACACACUGGUCCAUGAGACGGACAGUCAGUACGGGACCUGGGAGACAGGACUGCACACUGAUGAUAGCCUGACUCCUGCCACGCCCACCUCAGACAGCCACCCCAGUCAGUCCCCUAGGAAACCCACUCCACUUUACACGCCAGGGGAACAUGUCCACACCCCGCCCAGUGACCUCGACACUCCAGACGGCUUCUCUGCCCAGCCCGAGAUACAACCACUCCCCUUCCCUGAGGCCUCCACCAGCCUACUGGACUCCAGUGCUCUACGCUCCAGGGUGCAGUUGAGUAAGAUGCGGGGGCCACGUUCACGCCCCUCCAGGGUCUCUCGUCAGACUGCUGCUCUGUCUGUACACCCAGAGGGACAGGCCACACCUACUGAGGACUGGCGCUCUCGAGACUCUACAGAGGACAAAGUGGAGUCUUCCAAGAAGGACUCAGACUCUGAGGAGCAGGCGAGAGGAGCAGACGCCCACUCUGCUGCUGCCUCCUCCCAGCCCCAGAGAGUCGCCCUCUUCCCUGGGAUGGACGCGUCUGCCCUCAUGGCCCAGCUCAAGAAGAGAAGCGACUCUGACAAUCAGACAGAGGGACCCUCCACUUCUCCCUCCCAGUUAUCCCGUUCUCCUAAAUCCCCCUUCCUUCCCCGGGCGUCCCGUGUGCUGCCCCCCUCCGGAGGGAAAGAAAAUGGUGAAGAGGCCUCACCACAGUGGCUGAGAGAGCUGAAGUCCAAGAAGCGCUUGAGUUGCCUUAACUGAAUAAUCUGGUGGAGAAUCGGACAGUAGCCUUAAACUUGGACCCUGAGAAAAUGGGAAUUCUGCUGCUGACAUUGUAAUUUGUUAUCUGUUUGUUUAUUUUCUCUGUUCUCUUCCUGCCUGGCUCAAAUCCAUGUGCAUGGUGCCUUCUUACAGACAACCUUGGUCUUAUGGAUGAAACGAGCAAGGGGCUUCUCUGCUCAGAGCGUCCAGUUCACUGCUAGCUCCUCCACCUCCUGUGUCAGGGGGGUCUUUGCAUAAAGCCACUUUACCAUCUCACAUGACAGGGGAGACUACAGAAGGGGGGAGAUCCCAUUCUCUCCUGUCAGGUUGUUGUAUUUCAUUAAUGGUUAACUUGUGGGACCACAUGCUUCUUAACCUGGAAGUGCUUCAAUAAGCUGGAGGACAGUAUAGCACCUCCACAAGACAUAUUUUUAUUUUGUUUUCUCUUUUUAAAUAUAAUUUUCAGGUUAGUCUAUGCGUUAACUGUAUCUGUCAGUGGAGGAGCGUUGGAAAAUAUUUCUGAUUUUAUUUUUUGUCAUGGAUCAUAGAGAACAAAACACUGCUGAACUAAUGGGCAGCCAGGGUGUAUUAUGUGUUACUAAUAAAUAUGGUAUCUGUAAUCAUGAAAUGUUAUAUUUGUAUUAUUGCUAAUUUGAAAGCUGAAUCAUAACAUGUCAGAGUGCUGGGUUUGUAUGGAGAGCAUUUAAAGCAUCACUACAGCAGAGGCCCCCAACCCCAUUCCUCUGAGCCACUCAGUGACUGAUGUCAUGAACUAACUGAGAAUCUGUUGUGUUGACAUCAUGUAGUCCCUUUAAACUUAUGGCUAAAGAGGAAUGCUUUGUGUUCGCUGUUUUUUCAAUCAUGUCUGAAUCUGUUUCUACUGGUGGAAAAGGGGAGGGGAAGGGUUAAUCACAAUGGAAAUCUACCUCCAUCUCAAUUACACGCACACGCACGCACGCACACACACACACACACACACACACACACACACACACACACACACACACACACACACACACACACACACACACACACACACACACACACACACACGCACACACACACACACACACACACACACACACACACACACACACACACACACACACACACGCACGCACACACACACACACACACACACACACACACACACACACACACACACACACACACACACACACACACACGCACACACACACACGCAUGAACACUAAUCAGCCUGUUCUUCUUCCCUUCACCUCCACUUACCUCUUCAGUGAAAGAUCAAAUGAUUGUGUGUGUGAUACUGAUGGAUGAGUGAGUAAGGAUUGCAAGGGAAAUGUACAUGUUACCAAUGAGCCAUACAUUCAAUGUGCACUUCCUGGUUUCUGUUUUACCAGCAUGUCUGCAACACAUCUCCCAUUUAGCGACCUCACGUGCAUUGUCCCAUCAUUGUUUGGAAAAGCAUGUGCAUGCACAGUCUCUGGUCCUUUUCAUCAUGCUUUACUCAGACACUGAACUGAAUGGCCACACCAAGUAGCAGUGGUACAAUCACAGUCUGGAUAUCAUGGCUUCAUCCACAACUGUAAUGGUCCCAUUGUGCACAUGGUCGGUGCAGCGGUGUGGAUGUAUAGUGGAAUGGUAGGAGUACGGCUUCCACUACUCCAGUGGGGAAUGCAAGUGAAGUAUAUUGUUUUGAGAUGAGGGUGGUAAUUUACCCUUUUCUUCUGCACGUAACUUGGACUAUUUGCACCAGUUGUUUUAGGGCUUGUUUGAGCUGACUUAGGCCAUUCCCCUGACCAUGUUAGCCAUGCUCCACUGUCCCACUACUUCCACUACAGCACUGACCGCAUUCCACAUUUUCGUAGACAGACGUUGGAACGCUAAUGCAAAGUGAAUGUUUUGAGGGAAUUUUUAGUUUUCCCUUUGGUGUCUGUCCAUGGCGUUUGACUUUGUCAUUAUUUUUUCUCUUUCUCGUUUUAUUUGAAAGUAAAAUGUAUAUUGCACUGUUGUAAGGCCGUUGUUCAAAAGUGUAAAUUCUCAAUAAAAUGUACUGCGUUAAGCUUC